UUUAACAAUGUCAAUGUCAAAUCAUAUUUGCGAAAUGCGAAAACGUCAAAAAAGAAAAAAAAACAACGCUAUCACUGUAGAAAAAAAUAUAGAAUUACUGAUUAAUUUAAAAUACUUUAUAAUUAAUUUAUCUGUGAUGUAUUUUUUUUAACGCAUCUGCAUUUGUGAUCAAUAAAUAUAUCAAAGUGUUUUGUUUGACCAUUAUAAACCACAAUGGAACAUAUAAGACAGUUUGACUGGUGCUAUUCUAAACCAGAAUCACAUUUUCUACAAGAACGUGAUAUCGACAACAGUGUGACAGAGAGAAUACUCCGAAAUAAAUUCCAUGAUCCAUUAAUUUCUAGUGAUUCAGAAGAUGAGACACCUACCAUCGAUUGGGACGAAGUAUUUGCUAAGAAAAAAAACCAAAACAAACAGUUCCACGUGUAUGUACCUUGUCUUUCGAUGAUACAAUACCCAAAGCUAUCAGCUCUGACGGGUCACCAACAUUACCAACUACUGAGGGUGAUCUGUGCCCAGUAUCCUGAUGUACUCGAUCAGGUGGUUAUUCCAAGACCAACGAAACUGGAUCAUAGGGUUUUCGAGGAGUUGAGACCUGUUUACGAAAAGGAGCAAAAAGAAUACAUUGAGUGGGCCAAAACUAUGUGGACCAGUAAUCACUGUAUCAGAGCAUUACAACCGAAACCACAAAUAGAAACGGUGUACGAAGCAAGAUUCAAGAUGAAAGCUAAAGAAAUGGAGUCAUAUCCGAAAGUGUUUGAUUUUGCAGCACAGAUACCUCUAGAAACAAGAAAUAGUACAUUUGAUAUGAUUCUUGACAAGGAAAUAGUUAAUGCAGAUAUAAAAAUGUUACCUCACAUAGAAUGUAGACCUAUAACUAAGAAACUAACUGUAAUGCGACCUUGUCCCGUCCCGGAGCCAUGUAACAAGCAUCCUUGCAGAUUCAUAUUACCCACUGAAAAAACAGUGUCGAUACUUCCAUUCACGGAGGUCCAGCGGGAACUGGCGCAGUUCGCUCUGGACAACAACUGCCAGUAUGUGUCUAGUGAGAACGCACUGAAGUGUCUCGUAGAGCUGGAUAAGACUUGGAACAUUCCUGUGUCCGUGUCUGCGACUCUUGGUCCCGACGGUGAAACGACAAAUGUGGUUGUAUUGGGAAGCGAGUUCUCAACAAAUAAAGAGUCAGUUCUGACGAGAACGUACAAGGCCUUCAGACAUUUACUGCAAUAUACACUCAUACCACCGACAGAAAAAUACAAAAUGCACUACAAAGACAAAGACUGUCAAGAAACUGGUCAAGAGUUGAACAAGACGAACAUUUUCACCGAUAACUUAGACUUGUCUUCUGACGAAGAAGAUAAUAGCUUGUGUAUAGACGAGAAUUCUCAAAGUACAGAAGAUAAUUUCGAACCAUUCAACAAUACAAUAGAGACUGAAAAUCUAACACAUACAAGCGAAAAAAGCGACAAACAGAAUAAAAAAACAGCAAGCGACGUUGAAUUCUACACGUGUAAUUGUAAAGACACAGUAUUCGAGAGGCCGCCGCCGAGGUCGUUCAAGAAGUGGCAGGUUCGGAACAGAGAGACGGGGGAAAUGUUCGACGUUGUAGUACACUGUUCGCAUAAAGUUAGGGAUAAAAGCGGUGAAGUCAUAUUAGAACCGAUAUCAGAGUAUCAGCUGGACUUGGGCGCAAGUGAACAGUCGAAAGAAAAAAUUAGAAGCUUAGCGCUGUCGCUGUAUUUGAGGAAGAACGCUUCUCUGAUUAAUGUAAGAAUCGACGGCGCCACAGGGGAAGUGGCGACAUUUGAAAAGAGUAAUUUUGAUGAAAUAAAAAGGAAAAAUGACUCUGUCAUGAAUGACGUGACAAAUAUCCUACACUCGGCAUUUGCACAGCUACAAGGACUACUGCCCGGACAUUACAUAUUAAGGCACGAGCCAACUCACGGCAGUAACGCGCUGCUGUAUGCGUCUAAGUGUUCAGCGCGAGACCUUCGUCUGAACUUCGACAUUUCUAUCGGAGAAGACGAGGCCGACACGCUGAAAACACCGCCCACGCUUACAACCGUGCUACUGCCUUUCCACAAAAUGCGUCGCAUAGCUCCGUGUGCCUUCACUCCUCACCAGCAGUUCGUGUCGCGGCGACCCGCGCUACGGACCGCGCGCGCGCCGCCGCGGGCUCUGCAGUGGCCAAAGAAAAAGAAGAAGAAGAAGAAGGCUAUAAACCAUAAAUAUGUAUUUUAUUUAAUAACAUAA